AUGCCCUCCCUGAGAUUGCUCACAAGAAAGUUGCUUUGCAGCGGUGGUCAGGGAAAAGCGGAACGAUGUCCCAUCGGCGAAGAACUUAAAUGCGAAAAUCUCUGCAGACCGUGUGGAUCCCGAUUCUCAGGUAGCAACAAACCUCUUCCACGUCUCCCAUCAGAGGAAGUCGAUUUCGAAGCUCUACAACAAGAUUGGCUAGAACCCAACGAAGCUCGUGCAUACGCCCGUUGGAAAGAGGAGGAAAGCAAGAGGCAGGCCGAGUUUGAGGAGGUUGUCAGAGAGACACUGAAGAAGGUGGCGCCCCAAAAGCUGGGGGCUUAUGAAGCAGCUGUCGGCGAGAAGAAGAAUGGGUAA